AUGGGAAAAUCUGCUUUCGAGGCGUUUUUAUCUACAUCAUGGCAAGCCGUGAAGCUCAUACAAAUUGAGUCAGGAACUAUGACCCUGCAUUUUGCAGACAAUCACCAUAUGACCACGGAAAAAGGCCUCUUUUCAGACCUUCGAAUAAGGUCAAGGAAAGCUACUUUAUCAGAUUGCUACAACUUUUUACGACCUGGGAUUGACAUAUGUGUUCUCUCGGCAUCUCAGUGUAGUGACAAUUCAGAUGAAUUUGGUGCUAAUCAUGUGUGGAUUGAUGCUAAAAUAAAUUCCAUACAGAGAAAAACCCAUAAUGCAGAGUGUUCGUGUCAGUAUUAUGUAAACUGCUACGUUGAUCAAGGUUCACUUGGUACAGAGAUAAGAACUCUUAGUAAGAAGCUUAAAGUAGUUGGAAUAAAUGAAAUUGUCAUUCUCCAAAAGCUUGAGCGAAAUAGUUGUGAAAACCAACACUAUCGAUGGGAAUCAUCUGAAGACUGCUCCACAGUACUACAUUCUAAAUUGCUCUUCGGAAAAUUUCUAUCUGACAUUUCAUGGUUGGUUGUUACAUCUGUUGUAAAGAAUGUUUCAUUCUGUGCAAGAUCUGUGGAAAACAGGAUUGUGUAUCAAAUUUUGGGAAGUGAUGCCACAAGCUCUUCAUUAAACAUGAAUUCUCAUAUAAGUGUUGUGAGCUUCAAAGUUGACAAGGAAGGCAUGUCGUGGCCCGUUGUUUCUCAAGUUGAUGUUUCUGACACCAAUAGAAGUGGCCAUGAACAUGAUGAUGAAGUGUCACCAUCAUCUUAUGUUGUUGAGGGCUUACGACGAUCCAAACGUAGGAACAUGCAACCUGAACGUUUCAUUGGUUGUGGUAAAGUUUCUGAGAUAAAGGUUGGUAAUGUUCGAACCUGGCCAUACAAGUUCAACAAACGGAAUGAUGAUGACGACAACGACCACGACAAUGAAGAGGCAUUGCCAUUAGCACAGGUGUUUGAAUUGCUAGAGAAUUGUAUAGAAGAGGAUGGUGGCAAUAAUCAAAAGGCCAAGGAAAUGAGUUCUUGCCGGGAGAUUAUAGUGUACCAUAGGAGGAAUAAAACCAAGGAAGUAAAGUCAAGAGAGGACAAUCAAAAUGAACAUCAAACUCAACUUGCUACUGUUCCCCUUCUUGAGGGAGGUGAUUCAUCAGCCCUUGAGGAUCGUCCUCUCAAUGAUAAGGUUACUAGAAGUAAGCCACGUAACAGCACCCGUAAGUUUCAUAGGAAGAGAUUGUUUGAUGAGGAAGAUUAUGCAGAUUUUGAUCCUGGAAGGGAAGGCAUAAAUUCCAAUCAAGGAGUUAGAGAGAAAAGACACAGUUCAUGGUAUUCAAGAAGCAAAAGUCAGGAUGGAGAACAAGCUUAUAAAGAUAGAAGCUUAAAUGCAGCCGCUUACAAGGAAAUGAUAGAUUCAUACUUGAAGGAUAUUAAUAGAAUACCAACUACAGAAGAGACACCUAUAAAGGACCAGUGGAAGGAAAUAUGCAACUUGGGGCAAAGGAAGGAAGUAAAAAUACCUCAAAGAGAGGAUGAGAAAAAAAUCUCCGAGAUGGAUAUGUUGUGGGAAGAAAUGGAAAUGGCAUUGGCAUCAAGUUAUUUUGAAGAAAUGAAGGAUUCAAAUGGUGCCAAUUUUGCUGAGACAAUGGAAGAAUCUAAUAACACUUGUCAACAUGAUUACAGAUUGGAUGAAGAAAUUGGAAUCUAUUGCUACAAAUGUGGCUUUGUGAAAACCGAGAUAAAACAUGUCACACAACCCUUCAUGGAAGUGCAACAUCCAGUGAGGCACCAAGAGGAGAAGCAAUGCAGUGGAAAAGAGUCAGAGUCAAAGUCUGAUAAAGAUGAUGAUUUCCAUUUGUUCUCAACUCAUGCUUCUAGUGAUGAACUUGUAUAUAUGGAACAUGAUAACGUUUGGAAGUUGAUACCUGAACUCAGCGAAAAGAUGCAUGUCCACCAAAAGAAAGCAUUUGAAUUUCUUUGGCAAAAUAUUGGAGGGUCAAUGAAACCAACACUUAUGGAAGCAGAGUCCAAAAGAAUAGGGGGUUGUGUGAUAUCUCAUGCUCCUGGAGCUGGGAAAACUUUUCUCAUCAUUGCAUUUCUCCUUAGCUAUUUAAAGCUAUUCCCAGGGAAGAAGCCUCUUAUCCUUGCACCAAAAACUACACUUCACACUUGGUACAAAGAAUUCAUCAAAUGGGAGAUUUCUUUGCCCGUGUAUCUGAUUCAUGGCCAUGGAAAGAGAGAUUUCAAUCAAAAUUCAAUUGUUCUUCCUGGAGUUCCAAAUCCAAGUAAAGAUGUAAAGCAUGUUUUGGACUGCCUAAACAAGAUAAAAAAGUGGCAAGAACACCCUAGUGUUUUAGUCAUGAGUUAUACUAAAUUUCUGUCAUUAAUUCGAGAGGGUUCAGAGUUCGCACACAGAAAGUAUAUGGCUAAAGCAUUGAGGGAAGGCCCUGGGGUGCUCAUACUUGAUGAAGGGCACAAUCCUAGAAGCACUAAAUCAAGGUUGAGGAAAGGUUUGAUGAAAGUGGAAACCGACCUAAGAAUACUACUUUCAGGUACAUUAUUUCAGAACAAUUUCUGUGAAUACUUCAACUCACUUUGCUUGGCAAGACCAAAUUUUAUUCACGAAGUGCUGAAUGGAUUAGACCCGAAUUACCAAAGGAAAAGCAAAACCGCAGGGAAGGCACGCCAUAAACUAGAGUCACGAGCUAGAAAAUUGUUCUUAGAUAACAUUGCUAAGAAAAUUGACUCGGAUAUUGGAAAGGAGAGGAUGAAUGGUCUAAACAUGUUGAGAGAAAUCACAAAUAGUUUUAUAGAUGUUUAUGAGAGUGGCAAUUUUGAGAGUGUUCCCGGUUUGCAAAUCUAUACGUUGUUAAUGAAUACAACAGACAUGCAACGUGAAAUGUUGCUGAAACUUCACACGAGAAUGGCCGAGUGCAAAGGUUACCCUCUAGAGUUAGAGCUUUUGGUAACCCUUGGAUCAAUACAUCCAUGGCUGGUUCAAACAGUCACAUGUGCAAAUAAGUUUUUCACCUUGGAGCAACUGAAGCAGCUACGGAAAUGCAAGUUUGAUGUGAGAAUAGGGUCAAAAGUUAAAUUUGUUUUGAGCAUUGUUUUUCGUGUCAUGAGGAGGGAGAAAGUACUCAUCUUCUGCCACAACCUUGCACCUAUGAAGCUACUAAUAGAGUUAUUUGAGAUGUUCUUCAAAUGGGAAAAAGAUAGAGAAAUUUUGUCAAUCAGUGGGGAACUAGAUCUCUUUGAACGUGGGAAAGUUAUAGAUAAGUUUGAGGAUCCUAGAGGAGGAUCAAAGGUACUUCUUGCUUCAAUUACAGCUUGUGCUGAAGGUAUCAGCUUGACAGCAGCUUCUAGAGUGGUGUUUUUGGACUCAGAAUGGAAUCCAUCAAAGACAAAGCAGGCUAUAGCAAGGGCCUUUCGUCCUGGUCAGCAAAAGAUGGUUUAUGUGUAUCAGCUCUUGGCAACAGGCACAUUGGAGGAGGAUAAGUACAGAAGAACCACUUGGAAAGAGUGGGUUUCUAGCAUGAUUUUUAGUGAGGCUUUUGAGGAGAACCCUUCAAAAUGGAAAGCAGAGAAGAUUGAAGAUGAUGUUCUGAGGGAAAUGGUUGAGGAGGACAAGUCUAAAUCAAUCCAUAUGAUACUGAAGAAUGAAAAGGCUUCAACAAACUGA